CAUGCUAAGAACCAACGUUUUCUCCAAACUAGCUGACCACAUAAUUGUAUACCUACAUAAGUGCGAUUCUGCAACUGAUUCGAGUACAGUGUGUGUCUCUGAUGAUCAAGAUGAAGUGCCUUCUGAUAGCUGUUUUUGCCGUGGUGGUCCAGUGCUGCCUGUUUGCUGCAACCACACACGCCGACAGUAACUGCGAUUCGUGUCUCGAAGCAGCUCUGCGUCCGUUAUAUAGCCAACUGGACGUCUUUCGAGACCAACUGGAUGCGGUCCAUGUCUCCUGUAAGAAAGAUGUUUUGAACUGCUCUGAGGUUGGACCCCUUGGAAUGGAAGAUCAUCGUAUCCCAGACGCAAGCAUCACAGCUUCCUCAUUCUGGGGAAACCGGGCCGACCACGCACCCCACAGGGCUCGUCUUAACUUUGAAGGCGGCCUAGCCUCUUCCUGGUCUAGUGCUGGAGAUAGUGACCCGAAUCCGUGGAUCCAAGUCGACUUAGGAUGCAAUGUGAUAAUCACUAGCCUUAUCACUCAGGGGCGUGGCGACCAUGAUCAAUGGGUGACUGAGUUCCAGGUUGCCUAUAGCGACAACGGCCAGGAAUGGACUGACGUCACCGCGGAAGGAGAAUGUGCACCGACAAAGUUCCCUGGAAACUCGGACAGAAACACCCACGUGACCACCACUUUCCCGAAGGCCUUCCAUGCCAGGUUCCUGCGUAUCCUGCCUACUCAGUGGAGCAUGCACUGCAGUAUGCGCUUUGAGAUCCUCGGCUGCAAAAGUCAUGAGUAAUUCCGUCGUUGUUGGCUUGGGAAAACCUAGCUGUAGUACUUGGUGGAAAUUUGACAAACUGGAGCGGGGGAUUAGUAUGUCAUAGAUAUGUCACUGGUGUAUACUUUUUAAGAAUGUUUCAGUCAAAACAUAAAGGCACAUAGGAACAUUUAUAGUUACCCAGAAACAAACCUACCGAUUUAACAAGAAAUCCUCACUCAAAAAUGAAAAUAGAACUGGUAACAAAUUCCCUGACUGAAAAUAAUGGUAUCAUUCGGAAGAAAACAAUAAUUGAAAGUGAGCACAACAAUUUUGUAUUUUUUCUUCUUCCCCCUCUCAAAAUGUAAUCCACUAAGCUGAAAACUCAACAAGUUGUUAUGUUGAAAAUUCAACAAGUUGAAAAGUCAACAUGCACCCAAAAAAAGUAAUGUGCACUUCAUGUGCUUUCUAGAUCCCCCCCACGUUCCUGCCUCCUUCAUUCUGAGUGAGGGCAACGAUUCAAGGACACGGAACCAAACCAAAUCCAACAAAAAACCAAGAUUAAUGACACAAGACUUGUUCACAGUUUGAAUUGUCAAAUUUCCAACGAGCAUUAGAGGCAGGGGUUUCCCAUUCUACAUUGACGACGGCAAAAGAAAACGGUUGGAUGAAGACUGAUGGUUAACAGAAACUUAAUUUUUUUUUUCCAUAUUUUUUUUUAGAUUCUUAGUGGCACAAUCAGUAGGUACAAUAGCAUGUAUUUACAUAUGUAAUAUCAUUUUUGCAUGUUCAAAUGGUUUUUAUCACUGCUAGAAAUACUUAAAGGCGAGGCAAAAAUCGCUGACGCGCCAAAUGUAGACAAACGGGCGUUUUCAACAUUUUCUCUGGAAAUGUCAGACAUUUGUUGGGAUUUUCUUGGACCCAGAAGACAAUCCCCAGAUGCAAGUGCACGUAACAUUUCGAUAAUAAUUACUUCAAUCGUAACAAACUAUUGUUGAAGUAUUGCGGACACAAUAAGAGGGCGCUAUUUGAAGUGGGUAAAUUUGAGUCAAUACAAAAGAGUUUACCCACUCAAAAUCGCUUCGUAAACCAAUGGAAGGAAUAUUAUUCAUGAACUGCAAACUAUUUUGUUCUACAACACUGUACAAUUCCAAUAAAUCUUGCAUGAUACUUUUGAAAUAUCCAAUAUAGCUUACUUUAUUAUAUUAGCAAACCUGGUAUAAUAUAUUAAUUUUCUUAAUAUAGAAAUGGGCAUAAUUAUAUAGAUUAUUAGUCUUUCUUAAUUGUCCUUUUCAACAAUGGUUAAGCAUAUACAUGUAGUUCAGUACCUGGUGGAAAUAGAUAACAAAAAAAACAGUAUGAACUGGCUAUAUUUUUUUCAGCAAACUGUUUUCUUUUCUGUCUUUUUUUUCUUUUUCUUGUUUUCCUUUAAAAUAUGAAGAGGUUAAAUGUAAUCGACACAAUUUGCAAACAUUGAAACAUUAAACUGUCAAAAUAUUUUGAAAUAUCCCACUUUAUUGUAAAAUGAAUACAAUGUUUAAGCAUCCUGUGCAAUCGUUUGCGCCCAGUAUGUUGUAUUUUUCCAUGCAAGAGGAAUUUACCAUAAUUUCUUCGGGAUGGUUAGGAUCAAACCAUCAAACUGUCAACAAAAACAUGCUUUGUGCAUGAGAAAUUGAAUAUGCAUUGUCACAGUUUUCUCAAAAGCAUUAUAUCCACUGCGCAUAAUUUCAAAGUUUUUUUAUAUAUUUUUUUAUAAACAACCUGCCUCAGAUUUAUUGUAUUACUGUUUCUUGAAUCGGUAACAAAAACCCCAUUUUCUUCUGCAAAUUUUGGCCAUUACCUUCAAGCCCAUUAAAUUAAAUAUAUAUGGAGUAGGAGACAUGAUAGAGAAAGUUCGGCAUAUCUUUUCUCAUUUAAU